CUAGACCAGGAAAAUGUACAAUUGCACAUCCUACGUCGGGAAAAACUCAGAUAGAAAUAAUGUGAGAAAAUGUUAUCAGCAUGAGUCAGAUUUUGCGUAUAAAACGGUGUCUGGGCAUUUUUCUGUUAGUUUAUCUUGAAAGCUACAAGGAUGGGGCUGCUACGAAUAACUUCGGUUCUGAUCCUGGUUUUACAAGUAUUUGGGGCACGCGGAGAUCAUCUCCCGUUGCUGCCUGGGAACAGACUCCGAACAGGUGACGCAGCAGAAUACCCUGGUGCAACACUCAUCGACUGUGUAAAAGGGAACAGGAUCUUGUCCGACUUUCAAAGAUCGCACACGUAUACACCAACUCAAGCACUCGUGAACACGAAUAACUUCGAACGCUACCCGUUUACGUCACACGCUGUCAUUCCCGGGAUCCUAGUCGAUGGUGGCAUAGGGAGGUUCUCGUUUGUCAAACUGACACAUGGCAUACUCCACAAACGGACGGCAUUCGCGCUGCAGACGUCAGCGGACGGUGAAUACGCGUACUGGAUGCCGCAGGGCCGGUACGUGGAUGUGCCGCAGCAUCCUAGCGCCAACCAGCCGCACUUCGUGUUCACACCAGACUACAGUGGCUGCGCAUGGACCGUGACACCGAUGACCAAUGGCAUGCUGCGACUAAAGCACGUGGAAGGUGGGCACCAGGACCGACAGUUCAACAACCUCCCCCCCUGGCACAAGGGUGGAGAAGUCUCCUAUGGCAUGCAGUUCCGCGAUUAUGGUUACGUGCACAGGAAUGGGAGGCUGAUCAAGCAUGCCACGGCGUACGCUUACAUGCACUACUCAGAUGUCACUAGGAGAUGGAAAUUGCACGUGCAACACCAAACAUGCGCGCCGCGACCUGGCAACACCGCGUACGACCACGGGCAAAUCGUCAGCAUGAAGAUGAACUAUUUCAAUCAGAAGACCUGGAACCCCAUUACUGGUACGGAGUUCUGGGUUAUACCUUCUGGUCGGCCGGCCAGCCCGAUGCGCCUACAAAGGCGUUCUUAAACGGCCCAGGCGGCCUAGCCAAGGUGACGAUAGCUUGCGCAUCGCCAUCGCAUCGCUUUGUGUCUCUAUUACUCUUCCAUAUAUUAGUGUGACAUGACAGUUGCGUUUCGUUCGCUACGUAGUGUUAGCGAAUGGCAUGUAACGGUGCCAGGAGUACUUCGGAGCAAGUGGAAGUCCGUGUAGUAGUGUAACUAUAGUAAAAAAAUGUUUACCAAAUAUGACGCUAGGUGGCGCUGAACCGGCCGGGUCGAUUCGUACAUCUCGCUAACGAAAUUCUUAUCGGGUUGGUUUUGUGUAUAAGGGUCGGGAUUUAAUUGUUAUUAGUAAGAAGUAUUGAAUUUAUUUGUUAAUGUGAAUGUUUGUUUCAUUCCUUCUCAUGUACAGCGCGCCCAUUUUGAAUGAGUUAGGAGUACAUACCGUCGGUGCGAAUAAAAAUAUCGCCAUGUAUUUUUUAGCUACUUUUCAGGAGACAAAAAAACUGUUUAUUUUCCUGUUUGUAGUAUAUUAUUUGUUGCACCUGUAUUUUUUUUUCUGGUAUAUCAAUGGUUUUUACAUGAUACUUAUGAAGAAAAUAAACAGUUUUUUUCGUAAAUUUUUACAAUAUUAAUUAUUUUAACCAGAAUUUCGCUACAUAACGACUUAAAUUAGGUUCACUUAAAAUCAUCAUGUGUAAAGUUUACACAUAGCAAUUUGUUGCCAAAGUAACGUAGUACGAGAAAUUAUACAUAACGGAUUUUAGGGUCAAUAAAUCGCCAUGUGCAACAUUAUCGCCAUCACCCUCGACGGAAAACAAGGCAUUUAAUUUCGUUAUGUGCCAAAUCACAUAGCUAUUUUUUUGUACAAAUUUUGUUAGUUAUUUUCAUAACUAAUAAAGAUAUAAAAUAAAUAUUUAUAUAGGUCGACGGGAAAUUCAAAAAGAAAUUAAAAUAUGCCAAAAUCAAAAAAUCGUAAAAAAACACAAUAGCGUUUUUUUUAUUCGCAACGACGAUACACGAAAUCCUGUACGUACACAUUUACAAUAUUAUGUGAAAAAUUUAUAAAAUUAUUUUCUAAUUAUUAUCUGUAGGUAGGUACUAUUUUGUAUUGUUGCAAAAAUAUGACUGAAAAAAUAUAUAUCAAUAAUGUAUUUUUAUUAUAACUACAUAUAUUUAUUUUUUAUAUCUCUUUUUAUAAAUUUUGCUCGUGAUAUCAGUAUCCCACGCCCUUAUUUAUAAGUUGGACGCUAUGUAAAUCAGUUCCAUUUCACUAUUCUGAGCAAAAUCAGAAGCAGCCAAUUUUUGGACUUAGUCUUUGUGAAAUCAGCCGGCCUAGCCAAGGUUACAAUCGCUAUCGCUUCGACAACGAAAAGCUUUAUGUCUCUCUAUCACUCUUCCAUAUUAGUGCGACAGUGACAGUUGCGUUUCGAUCGCUACGGAGCGUGAGCGAUUGGCAUCUUGGCUACGCGGCCAGACGUGCCUUCCAGAGAGCGGAAUUAAUUAUUCAAAUCCUUGCCACAAACUUCUGUUUCUAAUUAAAUGCUUCUAGCUUUGUCGAGCGCUGAAUAAAUACAAAUAGGGUAUUUUCCUACUAGUCAAAUCAGUUACUUUUUUAGAACUGUCGAAACGAUUUGCUAAUUUAUAUGAAACAUUACAUCGUGACGUCACGGUCAACUCGCCUACUUUUUAUAUUUCUAUC